ACUUCCGGGGUAGAAACACUCAGGUCACAAUGGUGCUCAUAGACGAGGUACCAGAUUUUGUCACAUUAAAAGAAGAAGGCAACAAAUAUUUUACAUCAGGACAAUAUGAUGCAGCUAUCUCUACCUACACAAAAGCAUUAGAGGAAUCGGAUGCUAAACCCCAGGACAAAGGCGUGUUGUACAAGAACAGAGCUGCAUGCUAUCUCAAACUGGAGAAGUACGAAGAGGCAUGUGCAGAUGCUACCCAAGCCUUGGAGAUCAUCCCUAAUGACCCCAAGGCUCUGUUCAGAAGGUGUCAGUGCUAUGAAAACCUGGGCAAGAUUGAGGAUGCUUACAAGGACGCCAAACAGCUGCUGUAUGUGGAGCCUAAGAACAAAGCCAUCCAGCCUGUCUUGAGGAAACUGAAUGCUCUUCUGCAGGAUAAGCUCAAGGAACAGAACAGCACUGACAACAAGGUGACACAGAUGUUCAAGCUGGCGUUUGGUGAGGGUGAUGACAAGGAGAAGAGAGAACAGGCCAUCAAUAACCUUAUUGUCCUGGCGAGGGAGGAGGCUGGCGCGGGGAGGAUCAUGCAGUCAGGGGCUGUGACUAACCUGAACAAACUCCUGGACAGCACCAACCCUGUCAUUGUGGUGGGGUCACUCAGACUUCUGGCUUGUCUGGCUAAGGAGAACAGAAAGAGGGCCUGUGCAAUCCAAGAUGAGAUCAGCACCAAUCGGCUGUUUUCGCUAAUGGGCAUUGAUAACUCAGACAUUUCAUCUGCCGUUGGACACCUCGUUUCCACACUCAUCACCGCCAUUACUGAACUGGAGAAAUUCAAGGCUUCCAGACAAAGACAUGAAGAUUUGGUAAAGAAGGAGGGUCCACAGGGCAAGGGAAGACAUCCUCCUUUGACACUAGAGGAGGAAUAUGCCAACCGUUCCGAUGCUCUAAUGCACUGUGCCAUCAAAAAUAUUAACAAUGGGAAAUUUUCUGCCUGUGGAAGAGACUCUGUUCUGGAACUUCUGAUCAAAUUUGUCACCAGGCAAGAUGGGAUAGAUUGGGGAAUAAAAUUUCUAGAAACAGAUGGCAUUACCAGGAUUCUAGAAGUUGCCGGCACCAUACCAGCUCUAAGCUACACCGUGAUGAAGAUUUCAGAGAAUACCAGGAUGAACUGCUCCGUGCUGCUGUCAAAGAUUUACGAUGAGUUUAUCAGCGACAAGAGAAGGGACCAGUACAGAGAACAAGUGUCACAGUAUUUCUCUGACCAGUUUGGAGACACCAGACACAUCGACUACCAAAUGGAGGCUAUAACCGCCAUAUCUGCCUUGCUUCAGGGUCCGUACGACAUCGGCAACACAAUCCUGGGGACGCAGGGAGUUUUGGAGAUCAUGCUGGCACUGGCGAACUCUCCUGAUCCCCUUCAUCAGAAAAUUUCAGUGGAAGCUUUGGUCCAUGCCACAUCAAAGAAAGACAAAUGCAGUGGCAUCGUGAAGCAGGCAGUCCCAAUCUUGAAGAAACUCUACCAGUCUGAAAAUGACAAUAUAAAAGUCAGAGCUCUAGUGGGACUGUGCAAGCUUGGGUCAUUUGGAGGCACAGAUGCCAGUGCUAAAUCUCUAGCUGAGGGCUCCACCCAGGCACUGGCCAAAGCCUGCAGGAAGUUCCUGAACAACCCAAUGAAGGAUGUAGACCUGAGGAAGUGGGCAUGUGAGGGUCUGGCCUUCCUUACACUAGACGCAGAUGUCAAACAGGACCUGGUAGAGGACACGGCAGCUCUUCAGUCUCUCAUAGAUCUGGCCAAGGUCAGUGAUAAGUCAGUGCUGUAUCCUGCAGCCACAGUGUUUGUAAACCUGACCAAUAGCUAUGAGAAGAAAGAAAUCAUCCCAGAGUUACUGGAGCUGGCAAAGUACGCCAAACAUCACAUACCUGAGGAACAUGCCAAGGACAAACCAGAGUUUGUGAAGGAAAGAAUUGCCAAGCUGGUCAAGGCUGGGAUGGUGAAUGCCUUGGUGGCUUUCUCUAAGACAGACAGCCAUAGCAGUAGAGAGCUGCUCAGUAGAGUUUUCCUGGCUGUGGUUGAGGAGACAGAAUACAGAGGACUGGUUGUUCAGCAAGGAGGAGCCAAGGCACUUAUUCCUCUGGCCAAUGAGGGUACAGAUGUUGGGAAGACCUGCGCAGCCCAAGCACUGGCCAAGAUAGCCAUUGUGAUGAACCCAGAAGUUGCCUUCCCAGGACAGAGGUGUCUAGAGGUGGUACGCCCUAUACUACAGCUGGUCCACGUUGAGAAAACUGCUCUUCAGAACUUUGAGGCACUUUUAGCCCUCACGAACUUAGCGUCUCUUAACGACUCCGUCAGGAGAAGAAUCCUAAAAGAAGGUGGUUUUCCCUCCAUAGAGUUUUAUAUUUAUGAAGACCACGAGUUGUUACGCCGUGCCUCAGCGGAGUGUUUGUGUAACCUCGUAAUGAGUGAGGAGGUUGCCAAAAUGUACAUGGGAGAGAACGACAAGGUGAAGUUACUGGUGCUGUACUGCGCCUCAGACGAGUUGCAGGAGGACGUGGCUUUGAUCCAGGCUUGUCUUGGCACACUGGCCAUACUGUCCAGCAGAAAAGUGAUCUGUGAGAAAAUAAUGAAAGUUAAGGACUGGUCAGAUGUUCUAGGUGGCAUUGCAGCUCAAGACAAUCUAGAGCUGAAGCACAGGGCACUCCAUAUAAUCAUGAACAUGAUUGAAAGUGGGAAAGACAUUGCUGAAAAGGUUGUGCAAACCAAGCUGCUGGAGGUGCUACUAGUGUUGGAGCAAACAGUUGGAAGUCCAACAAAAGAGAACGAAAAGAUCCAUCACUGCAUAAGGACUUCUUUAGACAGACUCAUAGAGUACAAGCUGAUUCAGCCAACACAAUAAGCAACAGAAAAUCUUUGAUAUUCCGAGUCAGAAGGAUGGUGCUUUAAUCUUUACACUCUGAUCUUGUGGAAUGUUGAAUUCAUGGAACAGAGGAAAAAAAAAUUGAGGUCAAAGGUUCAAGGAGAGAUAAUUACAGUGCAUUUGGUCAACAAAAGAGGCCGUUAUUUAUCAGAUUUUAUCCCGGUUCCUGAUAUAGAAAUCAGUGAUCAGAUUUUAUUGAGAUUUCUGUUCAACCUGAAAAGUGGUAGUGGUGUAUGGAAAACACUUCUCUGGGUGCUAGAGGACAAGGGCUGAGGUCAAAAUUGAAGGUCAAAGAUGGAGAUCAAAGUUCAACAUCGAACAAAGUAUGGAAUUAAACAUGCUGUAAAGUAGCAAUACCAGAAAGUUCUGAAUUGGCUUAUGUUCAUUACCUGUUGCACUUAGUUUUCACAAAGAGAGAAUGGCACCAUAUGAUGUUAAAAUUCUUAGUGGACAAUAUAUGAAAACAUCAGAAGAAGGAUGCACUAGAAUUAUAUGAAGAGCAGAAAUCUCUAGUUGCCUGUUUUUCAUGAUAUAUUUAGGCAACUGGGGUAUUGCUUGUAUUGAUAUGUUUUCUGCAUAAGGAAUUGUUUAUAUUAUAUAUUAAUUUGUUUAUUUAUUUUAUUUAUUAUUUUUAGAAGCAUCUAUUGCUUUAGGACAGUUUACUCACUGUCAGACUGACCUGUUUUGAUUAUUUAACUUUCUAAGAUAUUUUCAAUGGUUUCUCUGUGAUUUUGGCAUGAAUUUCAUAGAAAUCAUAUUGGAAAUAUGAGCAUAUUGUAACACAUACAACAGCAUUGUAGUGUAAUAUCUGAAGUAAGAACAAUUUUUAGACAUUGGGAAAUAGUAAAGGUAUUAUCCCUACUGUGCAAUCUUUGAGUCUCUAAUAUUUUUAUUGGUUCCAUGUAAAGCACUACAGAACGUAAAAUCAACAUUAUUUAUUUAU